UAUAUUUUUCAAAACGUUGUGGUUAAAAGAAGUUGACAGACUUCUUUAUUUCAGUAUUAGGAAAACUAAUGCCUGAACUAGUAAAAGAAAUCUAAGAGUAUAGUGGAACAAAUAUAGAUUUCUAAAAUUUCAGAUGAAAGUCUAACCCAACAAUGGAUGAAAGAGAGCAGAUAGAGGUUGAUAUUGCUCAACUUCAAACAUUAAUUGAAGAAGAUGACGAUGAUGAUUGUGAAGAGUAUGAAGACUCCCAAGUCAAGUUUCAGCAAUAUCAAGAUUCUUGUCAGUUUUUUUUACCCGGGCAGACCUCAGAAUGGAAUCAGUUACCUCAUACUUCUUCAGAAACAUCACAAUAUAAGGCUGGCAGUAAUCCAACAUCAGCUACUCGACAGAGCAUUAUGCAGUAUGAAGAUGAUAGAUCAGAACUGUUGUCAGAGAGAAGUAGCAUGUUUACGAGUGAUGGGAAUUUAGAAACUUGCCUAGCUCUAAACUUGGCUUACCAAGAAAUCACACAAGAAACGAUAGAUGAGGUUGUACUUUUGCUAGAAAACAACAGAACAAAGCAAAGGAUUCUUCAAGACGAGAUGAAAGAUUCCAUGAAGAAAGGACAACAAUCUGCAGAAGGGAGGACAUUUCGUGAUCGUUCAUCUGUCUUAUUUUUUGCACCUUAUUUCAAAGAUAGUACAGGAAGAUGUGCACCUCCCAAUGAAGACACUUUAAUAAAGAAAGCAAAUAAAGAAAUCACAGCAUAUCUGCAUCCAUCUCGGCCGUGGAGCAAAGAAGACAGAAAGCAGUUACUGGCAGUUGUAACUGAAAAUGCUAGAGAACUGGCAAUGGAACAAGUAAUGACCAGGAAAGAUAUUUUAAGUGAGAAAAUCCUGCAGGGUGAUCUAAACCAAGUAAAGUCAGAUGAAAUCGAAGAAAAGCUGAAAGAAACGGAAGCAGAAAUUAAAAGGAUUAAAAAGAUGUCAAUUCACGAUCUUCUGUCUCGUGUAGGAGAUCGUUUGGACUGGAUGAAAAUUUCCACAACUAAUUUGGAGGGUUUGCGAUCACCGGAAGCUUGUGAACUGAUGUGGACAAAUGUAGUCCAUCCAGCUAUACGGAAAGAUAAGUGGACAAAAGCAGAGGACCAGCGACUUCGGAUGAUUGCUGCAAAGUGGGGAGAGAGAAACUGGGAUGAGAUUGCUAAAGACCUGCAUAGCAACAGAACAGCAUUUCAAUGUAUGGAGAGAUACCAGAGUAAACUAAAUUCACAGCUACAGAAAGGUACGUGGACUAAAGAAGAGGAUGAACUUUUGUUCGAAGUUGUGAUGUCUUGUAAAGUGGGAGAUUUCAUUCCUUGGCCUCAAGUUGCAUAUUAUGUUGAAGACAGAAGUACUCAACAGUGUAAGUACAGAUGGACAAAUGCUCUGGAUCCAUUGAUCAAACGAGGGAAAUGGUCAAAAGAAGAAGAUACUAUGCUGUUAGCUGCUGUUGCUAGACAUGGUGAAAAUUGGAUGAAAGUUUCAAAAUAUUUCCCUGGUAGAAAUAACUAUCGAUGCAGAGAAAGGUAUUGUAACACGCUACGGCCGGACAUCAAGCUUUCUAACUGGACGGUACCAGAAGACAUGCUGAUACUGAAAUCUGUUAAGAAGUAUGGUGAAGGUAUGGAUGAAAUAUGAGUUCUA